AUGUUCACGAAAAAAUUUCCACCAACCAAAACCGCCAAAGACUCGCUUGGAAAACCUUCAAAUCAUAGAAACAAAUCAGGUUUUGUAAUCUCCCUACAAUUUAGUUCAUCAAUUCCAAGUCUUGCUAGAAACACAAAGGAUAAAUUCUACAAGAUCACAAGAUAUGUUAAAAAGAUUCAGAAAGUUCCAGAAUUAAAGCUUGGUGAACCAUUACCAAAGGGUAUAAGGAUGCCACGUGAAAUACCUAAAGUUCCUACCUAUCAUUUUGAACCCAGAUUUUUCAAGAGACAAAACCGUGGGUUAUAUGGUGGUGUUCAACUUAAAAAAGCCCAUAGAUGUUCAGAAUACUUCAAUAAAACCAAAUAUUACCAAAAACCAAACAUUCAAAGAGCAAAGUUAUGGUCCGAGGCUUUAAAUAAAGCAAUUUCAACCAGAGUUUCUACUAAAGUUUUAAAAACAAUUGAUCAAGAAGGUGGAUUGGAUGCUUAUUUGCUCAAAGACAAAUCAGCCAGAGUUAAAACAUUGGGUUUAUAUGGUUGGAGGUUGAGAUAUAAGGUUUUGAAGAGACUAGAACAAAAGGCAUUACCUCAUGUUCAAAAAGGUAAGAAACAAGUCAAGGUUACAUAUAUACAUCCUGAUGGAAGAAGAUUUAUCGUGGAUAAGAAUAGAUUACUUAAAGAAUUAUACGGGGUUGUCAGAAGAAACAGUUACUAUGAGAUAUCUCAUCAACAAUUCCAAAAGCAGUAUGGAUUUUAUUCUGUGAAGAAUCUCGUUGAAGCAUUAGACCAACAGAAUUAUGAAAACUUCAACGAAAUUACUGCCUAA